GUAGUUGACGGUGGUGUGUUGACGUGGACUUCUGCGGACUAUUUUUCAAGAAUUUUGUUGAAAAGGUUCUGUAAUUAUUUCAGUAGGACAUAGUGUGCUCCAUUUGGUUUCGGAACAGUCUGGUUUGGAGAAAUUUCCAGUGAAACUGUGCUGUGUAAAGUUUGAUAAAUAUUUAUCGUAAAAAAUAAAAAAAUAAAAAUAAAAACUCAAAAUGGCAAGUCCCCGCACACGACGAGUGAUGAAGGAGCUACGACCAAAGGAGGGCAAUAAUAAUUGUUUUGAAUGCAACGGACACAACCCUCAGUGGGUGAGCGUAUCCUAUGGCAUCUGGAUCUGCUUGGAGUGCUCAGGAAAACACCGAGGUCUUGGUGUUCAUCUAAGCUUUGUGAGGUCAGUCACCAUGGAUAAAUGGAAGGACCUUGAACUUGAGAAGAUGAAGGCGGGGGGCAACAACAGAGCUCGGCAAUUCAUGAAAUCACAGCCUGACUACGACCCAAGCUGGAAUCUCCAGGAGAAAUACAACAGCAAGGCAGCCGCUCUCUACAGGGAUAAGAUCACGACGGAGGCAAAAGGCCAGUCAUGGUCGGCAGAGACGUCAUCGGCCAGAAAUCAUGUCCCAUACGUAGCAGCCAGGCUCAAGACGACGCCAUCAUCGCUGAGCAGUAGUAGCGCAGGCUCUCUGCAUACCUCCAGCAGUUCUCCUAGUUUCUCAUCGUAUAACUCUGGAGGGGCAAAGAUAGAGUCUAGAGGAGGCUAUCAGUCAGCAGGCAAGGAUGAUUUCGAGCUCAUGUAUGGAGUAUCAAAGGAGGAAGUAGACAACAAAAAAUCUUCCUAUUUUGACAAACUACAAGCGGAGAAUGCAUCCAGACCAGAAAACUUGCCACCGAGUCAGGGAGGAAGAUAUGCAGGAUUUGGAAACACGCCAAUGAAACAAGAACCACAAAAUGAGUCUUGGGAUAACGCUAUGUCAUCAUUGAGCUCUGGUUGGUCAACAUUUGCAGUAAGUGCGACCAAGUUUGCAGCGGCCACCAAGGAUGGGGCUGUUAAGUUGGGAACGGUUGCUUCACAGAAGACUCAAGAGUAUGCAGCUAAAGUGAACGAUUCUGUCGUUAAACCCACCAAAGAGAAGAUGCAAGAAGGACGCCUAAUGACCGACAUUUCCACGGGCACAAAAAGCUGGGCUUCCAAGUUUGCAUCAAGCACUUCUAAAGGAUGGAAGGACUUCACAAAUAUAUUCAACGAUAAUCCAACAACGUUGGACUCUGUCGAUGAUACUCCUUCUUCCGAGACGUUACUCAUGCUGGACGGGGUAGAGGGCGAGAGACGAGAAAGGUUACGACUAAUGGAUCCUGACCAAUGUGACACACCUUUACUUCAUGAUGAACCUACACCUCCCAGGACGCCUGAAGAGAAGGACGACACGUGGGGGUGGGGAAAGAGUGACGAUUGGGAGGACACACAACAGAGCAAACCGACAAAACCAGAAGCAGAUGAAAAUGACGGAUGGGGAUCGUGGUCCAAUGAACAGGAAGAUUUGCUCCUAGAUUUUAACGACUCGAACUCCAGCAAACCGAAGAAGGCGAGCAGUUCGAGUAAGAAUGGUUCUUCCUCUGGUAGUAAGAAGGUGUCGUCUCUCGAGGAGACGUGGGACGAUGCAGGAGGAUGGGACGAAGCCGCCUGGGAGGAGAUUGAAACCGAUAUCAAGACAACCAAGAAACCAUCGUCAUCAUCAAGUCGAAUUAAUAAAAAAGAUUGAAUGUCCACGACGGAGGUUUUAGGGUUGCAACGUUAAAGGUACUGUUAUACGUUUGGUAAUUUUAUUCCACUGUUUGUUUUAAUCCUAUUUGACAUGUUUGAUAGUUGUAGGUAUAUGUACCUUAAAACUAACCUGUGAAAAAUGUCAUUUCAAAAGUUGGUAGCAUUUUGGGGGAUAUUUUGCGGAAAAUCUGGAGUGGUUAUGUCCACGCAGGAAGAAUAAUUUGCACUUGGAAUGCACAGUCUGAGAAGCAUUAAUUCAGUAACGCUUCUCAGAUUCAAUUUUGUUGGGGAUAAAAAAAAAGAAAUCUUCUUCGUGACUGCAGUACUUUGA